GCCAGGACCGGGAUGGCGGCCGUUUUGGAGUCGCUACUGCGCGAAGAGGUGCCGGUCGCAGCCGCCGUGCGGUGGAUCGCGCGCAGCACCCCGAGUUCGGAGGAUAACUCCGAGGUGGCCGCUCUGAGCGCGCUUCGGCCUCUGCGGAAGGAAUUCGUGCCGUUCCUGCUGAACUUCCUGAGGGAGCAAAGCAGCCGCGUCCUCCCGCAGGGCCCCUCAACCCCGGCCAAGACCCCGGGCACCUCGGCCGCCUUGCCAGGGAGGUCGGGGGCCCCGCCACGGGGUGGCCGUGGGGCGCGCAGCCAGCUUUUUCCUGCGGCCGAGCCCCUCAGCACCACUGCCGAGGCGCCCCUGGCCCGCCGUGCGGGCCGCAGGCGGGGGCCGGGACCGGGGCCGUCCCGCGAACGAGGAGGUCGCGGCCCCGGGGGCCCGGACGAGGGGAGCAGCGGCGAGAGCCCGCCCUGGGUCGGGGGCCGGAAGCCUCGGGGCUCAGGCAGCCCCGGUAGCCCCAGACACUCGCUCUCUGAUCCGCCAAACCUCAGCAACUUGGAGGAGUUCCCUCCCGUAGGCACCGUUCCUCCCGGCCCUGCAGGUAGGACGAAGCCUUCUCGAAGGAUCAACCCAACUCCGGUGAGCGAAGAGCGGUCGCUUUCCAAGCCCAAGACCUGCUUCACCUCACCCCCAAUCAGCUGUGUCCCCAGUUCCCAACCCUCAGCCCUGGACACUAGCCCUUGGGGCCUUGGCCUUCCCCCAGGGUGCAGAAGUCUGCAAGAGGAGCGGGAGAUGCUCAGGAAGGCGCGGUAUGGCUUUGCCGCCACCUGGGAUGUCAGCUUCCCUCUUGUGCGGGACUUGCAGGGAUUUUUCCUGAACUUGAUUUCUCCCUUGGGGAUUCUGGGUUUGCUUCCUGGGCUCUUGAUAUCUUCUUGGCAGAACCUGAGUAUGAUUGUCGCUGGAAAACCAGGCGGAGUAAUCCUGCCAUCCCUCUGUUCACGUAGCUCCACGCAGCUGCAGCCGUCACCUACCCUGGCCUGUCCCAUCCCAGAGUUGGGGUCUCCCAUCCCCAGUCGGACGGGAAGCCUCACAGCAGAACCUGCUGACCCAGCCCGAGUGUCUUCUCGACAGCGCCUGGAACUGGUAGCCCUUAUCUACUCCUCGUGCAUUGCUGAGAACCUGGUACCAAACCUUUUCUUGGAGCUUUUCUUCGUCCUUCAGCUCCUUACUGCCCGGAGAAUGGUGGCCACCAAGAAUAGUGACCUUGACUCAAGUCAGAGCACCCUAGAUCCCCUGGAAACGCCCCUGUUUCAGAGCAUCCAUGACUGCGUCUUCUUUGCAGUGCAGGUUUUGGAGCACCAGUUUCAAGUUCUCUCCUACCUGGACAAAGGGACCUUGAAACUGCUGGCUGAGAAUGAGCGGCUGAUGUGCUUCUCUCCAGCUCUGCAAGGCCGCCUCCGAGCUGCUUAUGAAGGCAGUGUUGCCAAGGUCUCUCUGGUGAUACCACCUUCUGCUCAAGCUGUCUCCUUUCAGCCAGAAACUGACAAUCGUGCCAACUUCUCCAGUGAUCGAGCCUUUCAUACUUUUAAAAAACAGAGGGAUGUGUUCUAUGAGGUGCUUCGAGAGUGGGAAGAUCACCAUGAGGAACCCAGCUGGGAUUUUGAGAAGGGCUUGGGUAGCAGGAUCAGAGCCAUGAUGAGUCAACUGUCAGCAGCCUGCAGCCACAGCCACUUUGUCCGGCUUUUCCAAAAACAGCUUCUCCAGAUGUGUCAGAGCCCUGGCAGUGCUGGGGGAUCCGUCCUGGGUGAAGCUCCAGAUGUAUUGAAUAUGUUAGGGGCUGACAAGUUGGGACGGUUGCGGCAGCUCCAAGAACGCCUUGUAGCCCCUCAGAGCAGCGGGGGACCCUGCCCACCCCCCACCUUCCCAGGCUGUCAAGGCUUCUUCAGGGAUUUCAUCAUGAGUGCCAGCAGCUUCCAUUUUAAUCAGCAUCUUAUGGAUAGUUUGAGCUUGAAGAUUCGGGAACUCAAUGGCCUUCCCCUGCCUCAGCAUGAGCCUGGUGAUGAAGAUGGGGAGUCAGAUGUGGAUUGGCAGGGUGAAAGGAGGCAAUUUGCUGUAGUGCUUCUUAGUCUUAGACUUUUGGCUAAAUUUCUGGGCUUUGUGGCUUUCCUACCAUACCGAGGACCUGAACCACCCCCAACCCGUGAACUUCAGGACUCUAUUCUGGCCCUCAGGAGCCAGGUCCCUCCUGUCCUAGAUAUACGGGCUUUGCUGCAGCAGGGAUUGUGGGCCCGCCGGGCAGUACUCACUGUACCCUGGCUGGUGGAGUUCCUCUCUUUUGCUGACCACAUUGUCCCCUUGCUGGACUACUACCGGAGUGUCUUUACUCUCCUGCUGCACUUACAUCGGAGUUUGGUCUUAUCGAAGGAGAAUGAAGGGGAGAUGUGCUUCCUGAACAAGCUGCUACUGCUUGCUGUCCUAGGCUGGCUUUUCCAGAUACCAACAGUUCCUGAGGAUUUGUUCUUUCUAGAAGAUGGUCAGGUAGAUGCCUUUGAGGUGGACACAGCUACUUCAGAGCAUGGUUUGGACAGUGUGCCUGUUGUGGACCAGCAGCUGUUGUAUACCUGCUGCCCCUACAUUGGAGAACUCCGGAAACUGCUUGCUUCCUGGGUUUCAGGCAGCAGUGGGCGGAGUGGGGGUUUUGUGAGGAAAAUCACUCCCACUACCACCACCAGUCUGGGAACCCUGCCUCCCAAGACCAGCCAGGGGUUGCAGGCUCAGCUUGCCCAGGCCUUUUUCCACAACCAGCCACCCUCCCUGCGCAGGACUGUAGAAUUUGUGGCAGAAAGAAUUGGAUCGAACUGUGUCAAACAUAUCAAGGCAACGCUGGUGGCAGAUCUGGUGCAUCAAGCCGAGUCACUUCUUCAGGAGCAGCUAGUGAUGCAGAGAAAGCAAGGGGGAGACCCAGCCCAGCUGUCGGAAUUCUUGUGUUCUCAACUGUGCCCCCAUGGGGCUCAAGCAUUGACCCAGGGACGGGAGUUUUGCCAAAAGAAGAGCCCCAUUGCUGUGCGAGCACUGCUGCCAGAAGAAACUCCAGCUGCUGUUCUAAACAGUGCAGAGAACAUUGCUGUGGGGCUUGCGACAGAGAAAGCCUGCUCUUGGUUGUCAGCCAACAUUACAGCGCUGAUUAGAAGGGAAGUGAAAGCAGCCGUGAGUCGCAUGCUACGUGCCCAGGGUCCUGAGCCAACUGCCCGGGUGGAGCGGAGGGGCUGCUCCCGAGCCUGUGAGCACCAUGCUCCCCUCCCCUCCCACCUCAUCUCCGAGAUAAAAGAUGUGCUCUCCCUGGCUGCGGGGCCUCGGGACCCGGAGGAGGGAGUUUCCCCAGAGCAUCUGGAACAGCUCCUAAACCAGCUGGGCCAGUCACUGCGGUGCCGCCAGUUCCUGUGCCCAACUGCUGAGCAGCAUCUGGCCAAGUGCUCUGUGGAGUUAGCUUCCCUCCUGGUUGCAGACCAGAUCCCCAUCCUAGGGCCCCCAACACAGCACAGGCUAGAGCGAGGACAGGCUCGAAGGCUUCUGCACAUGCUGCUUUCCUUAUGGAAGGAUGACUUCCAGGGGCCAGUUCCACUACAGCUUCUACUCAGCCCAAGAAAUUUGGGGCUUCUGGCAGAUACUCGGCCAAGGGAGUGGGACCUGCUACUAUUCUUACUCCGGGAGCUGGUAGAAAAGAAUCUCAUGGGACAGCUGGAGAUAGAAGCUUGUUUGGGCAGCCUUAAUGAGGCCCAGUGGCCAGGGGACUUCUCAGAAGAAUUAUCAACACUAUUUCGCUUGUUCUUAGCUGAGCCCCAUCUGCUAGAACCCCAGCUAAGAGCUUGUGAACUUAUGCAACCAAACCGUGGAACAGUGCUGGCCCAAAGCUAGGGCUGGGAAACAGCCCUCUUGGGCAUGACUCCAGAACCUGCCUCCUGUGCCUCAGAAGGAGGCUCAAGAGCCCACUGCACACCUUGCUGGGGCAAGAGUGGCCAUACCUGUAAUCAGGCUUACUGCUUCUAAGUGAAGGAAGUGUGUAGCUGCAGAGCAUCCACAGACAAGGGCCUCAACACCUGAAGUCUAGAAGAAGGAGAAUCGGAUUCAGAGUCACAGUGGAAAAGCCUAGGCUCCAAUCCUGGAGCAGAAGGAAGGCUGGCGUUUCUCGUUCGGAUGCUAAAUGAAAUGCAUGUGUGCUGGUCAGUGCAUUUCAAGCCUCAAGUUGCUGCUAUCCCAGCAUUUCUUAAAACUUAUUCUGAGAAAUCUUGAUAGGCAAAGGACUGCUUUACUUGAGAAAGUUAACAAAACAUGGAUUUGGAAGUCAACAUUUUCUCACCUACAGAAGCUGGACUGUCACCCUACCCCCAAAUACUGACAGCCUAUUAAUAAGGUAGGACACACCUAUGUGAAACUUGGUCUUACGUGGACCUUCACCUCUUUGCAGGGACUUAGUCCUCAGACCAAGCACGGUAUAGAAAAUUAGGGGUUUUGGGUCUUUUAUAAAUAAAACUUUUAACAAGGUCUUGAUGGCUAUUUUCCCCUGCUUUUAUCCCCUUUCUGAAAGCAGGCCUUGUGCAUUGCAGUGAGUGAACUGCCUUGUCUCUUCAUGAUGUUUGAUUCUUUGAUGCUGAGACCCAGUCUUAGAGAUACAGUCUGCUAUGAACUACUGCCAUCUACUAUCGACAUCUUCCCUGCUGCCUAGGCUGGCCCACGCAGCUGGCAACUUUGGUGAUAUCUGUAUUGUUGACCCUGGAAUGUCUGAUUUAUCUCGGAACUUAAUUUUGACCAAAAGCAGUCUUCUGGGUUAUAGUUGUCAAGACCUCGUUUCUACAAAUGGGCAGGUGAUUUUUAAGAAAUUAUUUUUAUUGCACUUAGCAUGUCUGCACAUAGGCUAUGGCACACUUCUAGAGGUCGGAGAACUUCUUGGAGUCAGUUCUUCGAUCCCAGGGCUUAAAUUCAGGUCAUCAGGCUUGGCACGAAGUCAUUUUGAUAGCGUCUGGAACCAUUGAUUUAAAAAGAAGACAGUAUUUUGAUAAUGUGCUUUAUCCCUAAAAAAUAGUGGCUUUUUGUUUUGGGAGUAAGACU